GGUCUGCUUUCUGAGUAGGUCAUGAUGGAUCGAGCAGCUCUCAGACUGAUACUCUUGGGUGUUUUUCUCAUCUCAGCCAGUUCACAAGAACCUGUAAAGAAGAAACAAAAUGUGUAUAUAUACAGCUUCUACAUAAACUCCACGGUCACCAGUCGCUACGCCACAACCGUCAUCACAAGCCGUGUGGCGAACACAGUGAAUGAAUCUCAAGAGAUCCAGUUCGAGGUCAAGAUACCCAAGAAUGCCUUCAUCAGCAAAUUCAGAAUGACCAUAGAGGGGACGAUAUAUGAUGGUGUUGUGAAGGAAAAGCAGGAAGCUCAGCAACAGUACAGUCGAGCAGUAUCUCGAGGAGAAAGUGCUGGACUGAUCAAAUCUGUUGGAAGGACUUUAGAAGACUUUAAAACUUCAGUGACGGUGGCUGCUUUUAGUAAAGUGACUUUUGAGUUGACCUACGAAGAACUGCUAAAGCGUCGCCUUGGCAAAUAUGAGCUCCUCAUCAAUACCCAACCGAUGCAGCCGGUGGCAGACUUUAAGAUUGAUAUUCACAUACAAGAGAAACCAGGAAUUUCCUUCUUGGAGGUGAAAGGAGAUUUGAGCACCGGUGAUCUGGCCAAUGCCAUCAAAACCACCAGAGCAGACAAAGACGCAUGGGUGACCUUCUACCCCACUCGAGAUCAACAGACCAAGUGUAAAAGCUGUGGAGAAAAUGGACUGAAUGGUGACCUGCUUAUAACAUACGAUGUAGAUAGAUCAAAUCAAAAAGGAGAAGUCAUGGUGUCAAAUGGCUAUUUUGUCCACUUCUUUGCACCCUCUGAUGUUCCACGUAUUCCCAAAAAUGUGGUUUUUAUCAUUGACCGGAGCGGUUCUAUGAACGGUAGAAAAAUACAUCAGACUCGUUUGGCACUGCUAAAGAUUUUAGGUGAUCUUGAUGAAGAUGACCACUUUGGAUUGAUCACUUUUGACAGUGAAAUUAAAACAUGGAAGAAUGAACUCUUGAAAGCUACCGAGGAAAACCUGGAGAUUGCCAAAUCUUUUGUGAAGAUGAUCAGUGAUAGAGGAGCCACAGACAUUAACGCUGCAGUUCUGGCAGGAGUGGACAUGAUCAAUCGACAUCCACGAGAAGGAACCGCCUCCAUCCUGAUCCUGCUGACUGAUGGAGAUCCCACUUCAGGUGAAAUUAACAAAGAGAGGAUAAUGGCCAAUGUGAAAGAGGCAAUUGGUCUAAAGUUUCCCCUAUAUUGUCUUGGUUUUGGAUAUGAUGUUAACUUUGACUUCCUGACACAAAUGUCAUUGGAAAAUGCUGGACUUGCUCGCAGGAUUUAUGAAGAUUCGGACGCUGAUCUACAGCUGCAGGGCUUCUAUGACGAAGUUGCCGUCCCUCUCCUCAGUGAUAUUCAACUUAAAUACACAGGAGGGACAAACCUUACCAAGACCAGCUUUAGCCUGUACUUCAACGGCUCUGAGAUUGUGGUAUCAGGACAAAUCACAGACAACAGUGUGGAGAGUUUCACCUCUGAAGUCAUUGCAGUAUCAAAAGGCAAUAACGUGACAUAUCAGGAAACUGUAAUGCCAAUAGACCCCAGUGAUGUCUUACCUGAGAAUGAGGACUUCAUGCCGAGACUGUGGGCCUACCUUACAGUGAAGCAAAUUCUGGAAAGGCAAGUGCUUCUUAAAGGACAGGAGAAAGAGGAUGAAAAGGAAGAAGCUCUCAAACUAUCCCUAAAAUACCAGUUUGUCACCUCCCUCACCUCUAUGGUCGUCACGAAGCCACAGGAAGAUGAAGUGGAAGUUGCAGACAAACCCAAAGAGGGAGGAGAGGAACCCAGACCAGUACCAGGAUAUAGUCGUUUCAGUCCCCGUUAUGGUCUGCGCGGUCUGCCUGGUCUGCGCGGUCAGCCUGGUCCGCCUGGUCCGCACAGUCGGCGUCGUCUGUCCGGUGGGCAAGGUCUGCGCAGACUGCCCUUGCCGCUCCCUGUUCCACAUCUUGAUCAUCCAGGGAUCCAUGAUUCAAGUCACAUGCAGAUCUCCAGUUAUGCUCCAAUGCCCACAUUUCUAGAGGAGGUUGCAGAGGAAGAAAGUGUUCUCCCGGCAAUGAUAGUUCCUAGAGUUGGUAUCAAUCGGUUCCUGCUGCCGGCUGCUGGUCAGUCUAAGCCACUUUGUUUUGACAUUCCUGCUCCUCAGAAACUCAGACUGCUACAGGAUUCUGCUUCAGAGUUCUCCAUGAAUGGACAAUUCAUGACUGGACGACAGGGAUUCGUUCAAAUUGCCUUUCAUUACAAAACAAACCAUCAUCUGACAAUAAACACAAGCUCCAUCAGAUAUGAAGAUGGCCAGAAUCAUCUUGAGUUUUUGUGGGACCAGGAACCUACUCAACACCAUACAGAGGGCGUGUCACUGAUAUUACAAAGAAACGAAAUGGACGUUACCAUGGGAAGCAUACGUGUUGUUAUUCUUCUUCACAAGGAAAAGGGUGAAGUGUUUCUGUGGCCUGCUGUUCGGCAACAGCCAAAAGAUGUCAGUUUGAGGGCCAUUUUAGGAAAAGCUGAGGCUUCAUAUGAGGAGGUUCAAGGAUCACAAACACCAACUCUAAAGAUAAUGGACCAGGAAGUGAAGGCGAGCUUGGAGGAUGUCACCGACUACACACUUCCUUCAACUCCAGUUAUCAGAUGUUGGCUUGUCCCGUUCCAGGCUGUGAUGCAGGGAGACAUUUCUGAUUUCACUGUCACUCAGCUGUAGAAUCUGAUCUAUCUAUCUAUCAUCUAUCUAUGAGAUAUUGUAUGUAUAGCAACCCUUUGAUUGGUGCCUUUUCAAUCAAAGUAUUGAAUGUGAUUAUUUCAUGUAUUUUAUGAGGUCAUUUCUGAUAGUAAAAUAAUGAACCAGCAACACACUUUUACAGAAUGUAAAGUAUUUACAAGUUAUAUAGAUAAUAUAUUUUGUAAAAAGCAUGCCUCAAUACUGACUUUUGAGGGGGUUGUAGGGGGUAAUAAUGAAUAUUUGGAUCAGUUAAUAUAAUUAAUUUAAUGUUUCAACCUGUUUGAUCCUGUGAACACUCGUGUUAAUUGUUUAUUAAUUCUAAGAAAUGUUAAUUUCCAGGGGAGGGAAAUGUCUGUCUUAAUGUACAGUACUACUAAGAGCCUGUAGUCAAAAUCUAAGUCGUAAAAUAAACUUUGUUGCUAGCAGAUUAUCAGAACAAA